UUCUAUAUAUAAAAGAUCAUUCGACAUGUGUAUCACGCGUUUUAAUCUAUUCUGUCUACAUUGCAAUCACACAUUCUCAUUUAUGUUUUCGGAUUGUUUUAGAAGCGAUUUAACUCAUGAAAUGGCUGUUGGUACGAAACCUCGUCCAACCUUCGAAAUAAGAGCACAAUGUUUUGCGCGCUUUUCAUGUGUCGAAUAUAUUUUUAGAUUAACAAAGCAUUCUUACGCACAAUGCUUAUGUGCAGAAGUUAUCUAAUGCACACACACAACUAUUGAAAUAGUUCAAUACGUGUAUACCUAGCAUACAUGUCUUAAAAUGUAUCAAUAAUUAGUACACGACAGCACUCUUACGUUAGCAAACAAGCGACUCCGUUGAGGCCCGAUAACCGGUGGAGCUUUUAUUUUUUAAAAGCGACAUUUCAGAAUUGGCUACAUUGAUGAAGAGCUUUUGCAUUGAGCGUCUCCAGGCAACAACGAUGGUGCACAAGAUGAGUCACGGCCGGCUCCUCCUGCAGCGUCUCCUGCAGCAGCGGGAGAUGGACUUCCUGUGUGACAUCACUGUGGCAGUGAGCGACGUGGAGUUCCGGGCCCACCACAACAUUCUGGCUGCGUUCAGCGAGUAUUUCUCCUCCCAGACAGAGAGGGGCCCGGGGCUGACCACCCUGGACCCCGACAAGGUCAGUCGCUUCGCCCUGGAGAAGCUUCUGGAGUUCGCCUACACGGGCCACAUGAGCCUCAGCCGAGACCGGCUGGCGGACGUGCGCGGAGCGGCCGUGUUCCUGGGCAUGCCGGAGGCCACGCGCUACCUGGAGGAGAACCCAGAGGGGCUGGAGAAGGAGUACGACCCCGCCUGCUCCUCCCCCCCCCUCAGCCCGGACCCCCAGGCCGGCACCUCCCUGCUCUCGGACGGGGAGGAGCGGGACGGGAACGAUGAGGACGACGACGACGGCGGGGUGGGAGGCGCCGGGGGCCGCUCGGCCCGGUGGGACGCCCCGGAGCCCCUGGGCAGGAAGAGGGGCCGCAAGCCCAAGAUCUACAGCGACUUCGAGACCACCACGCCCACCAGCGACUCCGAGGACACGCCGCUGAGCCGAGGCCACCGGGGGAGGGGGGCAAACAACAACAACAACAACAUUAACAACAACGACAACAACGACAACAACGUCGGCAAGAAGGAGGAGCUGGAGGAGAGCAACGCGGGGCUGGACUUCGGCGACAGCGACUGGGUGCCGGACGUCGAGCCGUCGGGGAGGAGGAGCCAGAGCCCCGAGGACAAGGAGCGGAAGUCGGUGGCGUGCACCGAGUGCAGCCGUCUGUUCACCGAGGCCAGCAGCCUGCGGCGGCACAUGAAGAUCCACCGGGGGCUGAAGCCCUUCAAAUGCCUGUUCUGCUCCAAGACAUUCCGGCAGGCCACGCAGCUGAAGACGCACCUGCGCGUACACACAGGAGAGAAGCCAUUCACAUGUACCCAGUGUGACAAGUGUUUUGCCCAGAAGUGCCAGCUGAUCGCCCACUGUCGCAUGCACCACGGCCAGGAGAAGCCCUUCGGCUGUGAGCACUGCGGCCUCAAGUUCGCCACCUCCUCCAACUACAAAAUGCACAUCAGACUGCACAGCGGGGAUAAGCCAUACGUGUGUGACGUGUGCGGCCAGACGUUCGCCCAAUCCAGCACGCUGACCUAUCACAAGCGUCGCCACACGGGGGAGAAGCCCUACCAGUGCGACACCUGUGGCAUGUCCUUCUCCGUCUCCUCCUCCCUCAUCACGCACACCCGCAAACACACAGGUGUGACCCCAUACAAGUGCUCUCACUGUGAUGCCAGCUUCAUGACGUCGUCGGAGCAGAAGAAGCACGUCCGCAGGCUGCACCCUGAGGGGAACCCGAGCGUCCAGUGUCUGCUGUGUGGGAACCGCUUUGCCAGUGUGAAGAACAUGAUGAAGCACCAGAAGAAGGCCCACGCAGACGAGGUCCGCCACCACAAGGAGCGAGCACGCGCAGUGCUGUACCUGGCCUCCAGCCACCCGGUGGCCUUCGUCCAGAGCAAGCUGCCCCAGAGCAGCAAGGCCCUGCUGGGCGUCUCGGACGGCGGGCCCCAUCACCACGCCUCCCAGACCCCCAGGGUCACACUGGGGCUCCCGGCGCAGUGCUUCAAGGUGGAGCAGACGGACACGGUCAUCACCACCACCAGCGACCCCGGCCUAGACUCUGUGACCUUUGAACCCAGCCAGGAGAGCCAAACAACCACCAUCAGCUCGGACGCCCUGCACGCGCUGGUGGAGCAGCUGCGGCCGUCCUCGCCGCCCCAGAGCGUGCAGGAGAUCGUGAUCAUCCAGACCCUGGACAACGCCGAGGCCGGGGCCUCCAUACAACAGCAAGACUGACUCUGCAUGCGUCUCGCUACGUCGAACCACUGAAUUUUAGUUCUAGUUUUUAUUUUCGAAAAUACACAUGAGGGUUACAUGGGUGGGCCUGGCCUGUUGUUCGCUGAAUCUGUUCCGUUGCUAACCUGCAGCUAUCCCAGUAGCAGUGCGUGAUUGAUAUUUAGCAGUCAAAUGUUUUUUCUUGCCGAGUUGGACGAUUAUUUAAGAAAAAAUAGAAGCUGGAUCACACUUUAAACUUUUAAUCGAAGUUCAGGAGUGAGUUCUGUGAGUAAUUGUUCACUAGACGUGUUGGUUGAUUUCAAGUUCAAACCUUACUUUAACCUCUUCAUCGGGUCAUUCUAGGCCUAUGUGAGUAGAAAGAUUCAUACUGCAUCUGGUUGUCAGUUUUGUACAAAAAAAUACAUUCUGUAAAUGAAUUGCAAUAAUAUGUUAAUUAGCCGAUUGCCUUGGUAAUGCAUAACCAUAUUUGCGUUUGUCACUUGCUUUUCAAUCGGCUGUUGAGGUUUGGUCUAUUAAAAUGUAAAACAUGGCUUCAUUGUUCUACCAUGGC